CUCAUUUUCUUCAUAAUUUUUCAACACUUCCAUUGUGUGAACUACAACACAUUCAUUUCAUCCACCUUAGUGUAUUUUUUUUUGAAGGGGUUUCCAAAAAAACAUGGCUUCUAUUGCUGCUUCAACUGCAGCUGCUUCACUUGGCAUGUCAGAAAUGCUUGGAAACCCUAUCAACUUCAGUGGUGCUACAAGGUCUGCUCCUUCUCCUUCUACACCUUCUACCUUCAAAACUGUUGCUCUUUUCUCUAAGAAGAAGGCUGCACCACCGCCGAAGCAGAAAGUGUCUACUCCGGCCAACGAUGAGCUCGCCAAGUGGUAUGGUCCUGACAGAAGGAUCUUCUUGCCAGAUGGUCUCUUGGACAGAUCUGAGAUCCCUGAGUACUUGACUGGAGAAGUCCCUGGAGACUAUGGUUAUGACCCUUUUGGUCUAAGCAAGAAGCCCGAAGACUUCGCGAAAUAUCAGGCAUAUGAGGUGAUUCAUGCUAGAUGGGCAAUGCUUGGUGCUGCUGGAUUCAUCAUUCCUGAGGCCUUCAACAAAUAUGGAGCUAACUGUGGUCCUGAAGCUGUUUGGUUCAAGACAGGAGCUCUUCUUCUUGAUGGUGGUACAUUGAACUACUUUGGAAAACCAAUCCCAAUCAACCUUAUUGUUGCUGUUGUUGCUGAGGUUGUUCUUUUGGGAGGUGCAGAGUACUACAGAAUUAUCAAUGGACUGGAAUUGGAAGACAAGCUUCAUCCAGGUGGUCCAUUUGAUCCAUUGGGACUAGCAAAUGAUCCAGACCAAGCUGCAAUUCUAAAGGUGAAGGAAAUCAAGAAUGGAAGACUUGCAAUGUUUGCCAUGCUUGGUUUCUUCAUCCAAGCUUAUGUGACAGGAGAAGGUCCUGUUGAGAAUAUUGCUAAACAUCUCAGUGACCCUUUUGGAAACAACUUGCUUACUGUCAUUGCUGGAAAUGUUGAGAGGGCUCCAACUCUUUGAAAUCAAUCAUCUUUCCAUGUUUUUUUUUCUUCAGAAAGUUGAAUGUACAAUACAUCUCACUUAAGGCAUUUUGCUUUAUUUAAUGGAAGCCAACUCACUCUUUAUUUUUAGUGUUUUUAA